UUCCCAUUGGGACAGUUGGGUCUCAGCUUCUCCAGCAGCUCCGUCAAACUACAAGCCAACCAACCAGUCAACCAGCCAUGAGCAAGUCCUUCUCCUCCUCAAGCCAGAGUGCCUCCUCAUACCGUCGCACCUUUGGCUCAGGCAUCGGUUCAUCCCCGAUGUCUUCCCUCUUCUCCUCCGGAGGAGGCCGCAGCUCCUCUGCCAGCCAUAUGGCUAGCCGCGUGUAUGAGGUCAAGAGCAGUGGUGCUCCCUCCUAUUCCAACUACAGAUUGUCCUCUGGUGCUGGAGCAGGGUUCGGCUCCUCUACAGCCAUGCGCACUUAUUCAGGUGAGAAACUUGACUUCAACCUUGCUGAUGCAAUGAACCAGGACUUCCUCAACACAAGGACCAAUGAGAAGGCCGAACUUCAGCAUCUCAACGACCGCUUCGCCAGCUACAUAGAGAAGGUUCGUUUCCUGGAGCAGCAAAAUGCAGCGCUGACCGUGGAGAUUGAGAAGCUGAGGGGCCGCGAGGGACCUGGACGUGUGGCUGAUCUGUACGAGGAGGAAAUGAGAGAGCUGAGGAGGCAAAUAGACAGCCUCUCCAACCAGCGUGCCCGAGUGGAGGUGGAGAGAGACAACCUGGCUGACGACCUGCAGAAAAUUAAACUGAGACUGCAAGAGGAGAUUCACCAGAAGGAAGAUGCAGAGAACAACCUAUCUGCUUUCAGAGCCGAUGUUGACAAUGCCACUCUGGCCAGGCUGGACCUGGAGAGACGCAUUGAGAGUCUGCAAGAGGAAAUUGCCUUCCUCAAGAAGAUCCAUGAAGAGGAGAUCCGUGAGCUGCAGAGCCAGAUGCAGGAAACUCAGGUACAGGUCCAGAUGGACAUGUCCAAACCCGACCUGACCGCUGCUCUGAGAGAUAUCCGCAUGCAGUACGAGGGCAUCGCCGCCAAGAACAUUUCAGAGGCUGAAGAGUGGUACAAGUCUAAGGUGUCUGAUCUGAACCAGGCUGUCAAUAAGAACAAUGAUGCACUGCGUCAGGCCAAACAGGAGAGUAUGGAGUACAGGCACCAGAUCCAGUCCUACACCUGUGAGAUUGACUCACUCAAGGGCACUAAUGAGUCUCUGCUCCGCCAGAUGAGAGAUAUGGAGGAUCGCAUGACUCGUGAAGGCUCUGGUUACCAGGAUACCAUCACACGAAUGGAAGAAGAAAUUGCUAAGAUGAAGGAUGACAUGGCCCGUCACUUGAGGGAGUACCAGGAUCUCCUUAAUGUCAAGAUGGCUCUUGAUAUUGAAAUUGCCACUUACCGCAAGCUGCUGGAGGGAGAGGAGAGCAGGAUCACCACCACUGCGCCUGUACAGUCUGCCUAUUCUAGUAUUGGAUUCAGAGAGACCAGUCCUGAGUCCCAGCAUCGCACCCCAGAGGUUCACUCCAAGAAGACUGUUGUCAUCAAGACCAUUGAGACCCGUGAUGGAGAGGUUGUCAGCGAGUCCACACAGCACCAGCAAGACAUCAUGUAAACAAGAGGAGGAGACAUUAGAAACGGUUUAUAGAAUAAAUGAAUAAAAAAUAACU